AUGUCCAAUUUCAGCGAUUCCAAGGCCAUCAAACGAGCCAGCGCCGACGUAGACGAGACUCCCAGAAAAACGGCCAAGAAAAGCGAUCGCGAGGAAACAUAUAACCCGUACCUCGCCCACAUGGACCAGGAGAGCAAUGGCUAUGACGGCGAUGAAGCGCCACCAGGUUCAAUUUUGGCGGGCAUGAAGCGCCGCCAAACCACUGCUGCCCAAGCCUCCAAGGCGGAAGAUUCUGCCAUCAACCCCUUUACGGGCAAAUCCCACUCUCAGCAGUACUUCAGGAUUCUUCAAACUCGCCGCGACUUGCCAGUGCACAAGCAAAGGCAAGAAUUUCUCGACAAAUACCAAUCGACUCAAAUUCUCGUGUUUGUCGGUGAGACUGGUUCCGGCAAAACGACCCAGAUCCCCCAGUACGUUGUGUACGAUGAGCUGCCCAAGCUCACCGGCAAGCUCAUCGCUUGCACCCAGCCGCGUCGAGUGGCCGCCACGUCCGUCGCACAGCGUGUCGCCGACGAAAUGGACGUCGCUCUGGGCGAGGAGGUCGGUUACAGUGUCCGAUUCGACGACUGCUCAAGCCCCAAAACUAUGCUCAAGUACAUGACGGACGGUAUGCUUCUGCGCGAAGCCAUGCACGACCACGACAUGUCUCGCUACAGCUGCAUCAUUCUUGACGAAGCCCACGAGCGCACGCUUGCCACCGAUAUUCUCAUGGCUUUGCUGAAGCAGAUCGCGGGCCGACGUCCAGACCUGAAGAUUAUUGUCAUGUCUGCCACGCUUGACGCGCAAAAAUUCCAGAAAUACUUCAAUGACGCGCCUCUGCUGGCUGUGCCCGGCAGAACGCACCCCGUCGAGAUUUUCUACACGCCCGAGCCGGAGAAAGACUACGUCGAGGCCGCCAUUCGAACCGUCUUGCAGAUUCAUGCGUCGGAAGGCGAGGGCGAUAUUCUCCUCUUCUUGACCGGUGAGGACGAGAUUGAAGAUGCCUGCCGCAAAAUCAGUCUGGAAGCCGACGAACUACAAAGAGAGGUGGACGCGGGACCUCUGGUCGUGUAUCCAUUGUACGGAACCCUGCCGCCUCACCAGCAGCAGAAGAUCUUCGAGAAGGCCCCGUCGCCGUUGAGAAAGGGAGGCCGUCCCGGCCGCAAGGUCAUCGUGUCCACCAACAUUGCAGAAACCUCGCUUACCAUUGACGGCAUCGUCUAUGUCGUGGAUCCUGGUUUCAGCAAACAAAAGAUUUACAAUCCUCGUAUCCGAGUCGAGUCUCUCCUCGUGUCUCCCAUCUCCAAGGCCUCGGCCCAACAGCGAGCUGGUCGUGCUGGUCGUACCAAGCCCGGAAAGUGCUUCAGAUUAUACACAGAAAAGGCAUUCAAGAAGGAGCUGAUACAGCAGACGUACCCCGAAAUCCUGCGAUCCAACUUGGCCAACACGGUUCUGGAACUGAAGAAGCUGGGUGUCGAGGAUUUGGUUCAUUUUGAUCUGAUGGACCCGCCCGCACCAGAAACCAUGAUGAGAGCCCUCGAGGAGCUCAACUACCUCGCAUGUCUCGACGACGACGGCGAACUCACCACACUGGGCAGCCUGGCAUCAGAGUUCCCUCUGGACCCUUCACUGGCAGUCAUGUUGAUUUCCUCCCCCGAGUUCUACUGCUCCAACGAGAUGCUCAGCAUCACGUCUCUUCUGUCCGUGCCUCAGAUCUUCGUCCGGCCCGCCAACAACCGCAAACGCGCAGACGAGAUGAAGUCGCACUUUAGCCAUCCAGACGGCGACCACUUAACCCUGCUCAACGCCUAUCACGCCUUCAAGGGCCAGGCUACCUCUGACCCAGAUAGCCUCAAGAAAUGGUGUCAUGAGCACUUCCUCUCGUUCCGCCACCUGAGCAGUGCAGACAGCGUCCGCGCCCAACUCAAGCGCAUCAUGGAAACGCACGGCUUGGAGCUCGUCUCCACACCAUUUGAGGACAAGAACUACUACACUAACAUCCGGCGGGCGCUACUGGCCGGUUUCUUUAUGCAGGUCGCCAUGAAGGAGAGCUCAGGCAAAGUCUACCGCACCGUCAAGGAUGAUCAGGCCGUCUUGAUCCAUCCGUCCACCGUGCUCCGCACAGAGUUUGACUGGAUCCUCUAUAAUGAAUUUGUGCUGACGUCGAAGCAAUACAUCCGUACGUGUACGGGCAUCAGGCCAGAAUGGCUACUUGUGAGUGACAGACAGCCUUGGCCCCCUUCCCCCUGUUGA